CAGCAAACCGGGCUGCAUCUGCUCAGCCCCUGUCAGAAGCUCCCUGCGCCUCCCGUGUGCGCGCGUGCGCGUGCGCCUGUCUGUCUGUGUGUGUCUGUGUGUGUGUGUGUGUGUGUGUGUGUCUGUGUGUCUGUGUGUCUGUGUGUGUCUGUGUGUGUGCGCGCGCACAGGCAUCCGCUCCCAGCAUCUCGCUGUCUCCUGCAUCCUUCGGUAGCAAGUGCAGGGGCUCUGGCUCCCCGGGUGCCAGCCUCACCGCUCCGUCCCCUGGCCGGGAUUUGCACGCAGGGCACGGGAUGCGGUGAGCACCCACAGCUGGAGAGGGGGGGUCGCGGCCAGAGGCGGUGGCAAUGGACAUCGUGUGGACUGCUCUCUAGGGCUCGUGCGCCCCGGACGGACCCUGACCCUGAGCCAUGGGGGUGCUGAUGUCCAGGCGGCAGACGGUGGAGAAGGUGCAGAAGGUCAGCUUGGCCGUGUCAGCCUUUAAAGACGGGCUGCGGGAGCAGCCAUCAACACGGCAGCGGACAGAGGCAGGGGCCACAAGCCGAGGGACACUGGAGCAAGCAGUGCAGGAGGGAGAGGAGGAGGCACUGGCAGGACCUUCCCAGCUGGAGGAGAGCAGCACCAGCAAGGCGGCCUGGGAACGGCUGCGGGAUGGUCGGGGCGUGGAGCCAGAGGAGUUUGACCGGGCCAACAGGUUCACGCCACCCGCCUUCAUCCGGCCCAAGCGGGAGCUGCACGAUGAUGAGCUCCCACACAUCAGCCUGGAGCAAAGGGAGCAGGUCCUCAAUGACGAGAUGUGUGAGAUCUGUGAGGUGUGGACGGCUGAGAGCCUCUUCCCCUGCCGCAUCUGCAGCCGGGUGUACCACGACGGCUGCCUGCGCCGCAUGGGCUACCUGCAGAACGACAGUGCUGUGGAAAUGACGGAGACGGCACACACCGAGACAGGAUGGAGCUGCUACUACUGCGACAACCUCAAUCUCCUGCUGACAGAGGAAGAGAUGUACAGCCUCAUGGAGACCCUGCAGCACUGCAAGAUCAUUCCAGAGACCUGCCUGACCCUGGACGACUUUCUGCACUACAAACACCUCGUGCACAAGCAGCAGUUUGAGCAGCCCAUGGCCGAGGCACAGGAGGAGCAGGCGGCCCUGCAGUUCUCUGCCCUGGACCCUGACAAGAAGGGGCACAUCGAGUGGCACGACUUCCUCUCCCAUGAGUCCAUCCAGUUGCUGCAGAAACUACGGCCACAGAAUGCCCUGCUGCGGCUGCUGACAGUCAAGGAGCGGGAGAGGGCACGAGCAGCCUUCUUGGCCCUGGACCAGGACAGCGAUGGCUUCAUCAGGGAAGGAGAGUGCCGCCGGGCCCGGCACACCUGGUUCCGAAAGCAUCAAAAGGAGACACCAUCCUGCAAUGUCAGCAUCAGCCAUGUAGGGCCCAUGUCGGAGAGCAGCCCUGCCAGCAGCGGCAGCAGCAAGAGCCAGAAGACCCCGCCAGCCACGGAGCAGGAGGAAGGCAGGCGCGUCGACUGGCCCAGCUUCCUGCAGGAGAACGUCGCCUACAUCCUGGCCGCCCGCCCCAACAGCUCCGCCCUCCACCUGCAGCCCCCGGCCUAGCCCCCGGCAGCGCCAUCUUGGGCAGCGAGGCCUCUCCCGCCACGGAGACCUGCCCCGCCCUCCCCUGUGGGCGGAGCCGGCCACCGAUUGGCUGGUGGGGAAGUGGCCGUGCUGCUCCCUCCCCCUGCCUCCACUGUGGGUUGGUUGUGAAGAGCAUGGGUGCCAAGCUCUGAUUGGCUGAGGGAAGGGGUGUCUCUGAUUGGUGGGAAGGAUGCGGGGAGGGGGCAGCACGGCCUGUUGCCCCCACAGUGCCCCCCCCACGGCGCCCCCUGCCCGCCAGUGCCGGCCGCCACCCAGCACCUGCCCCCAGGGACCCGCAGGCAGAGCGGGGCUGGUCCCGGAGGAGCAGUGGGACUUGCUGUGGUCCCGGAGCCAGGUCUGGGUAGUCACAGGGUGACAGCAGAGCCCAGAGCAGCCAUGCGGCCCAGCCACCACAGGGCAGCACGGCCGGGCAGCGUGGGCCCCUGCACGCUGCCGGCAGCAGCACCCGGGGGUCUGCAGCAAGCACCAGCUCAGCUCAUUGGCAUGGGGAGUCCUGAGGGGGAGGACGUGGCUGACCACCGCUUGGCCUCUUUCACAGCCCUGCCAGGCUCCAACAGGAGCUGGAGUCCUGUGGGUCCAUCCUUGCACCCACAGCUCGUGGCUGUGUCGGAGAGAGUGCUUCCCGGUAUGGCUCAACCCUGCCCUGCCGGGGACCAACUGUUUAAUGCCAACAGCAACGGUGUAGGAAGGAACAUUGGGAACAGAAAACACCAGGGGCAUGGGAGGGCAAGGCUGGGUGCAGAGGAGCACUCCCCUGUGUCCCUCACCCCCUCCUGUCCCCCUGGUCCCAUGGGAUGCUGCAGGGAUGAGGUACUUCGCUGGGUGGGGUUGAUGCCCAAGGGCCCUGUGGUGGAUGGAUGUGCUCAGCAUGCAGGCAAAGGAGCAGAGACCCCUGGAAACCUUGCCCUGCACAUGCCAGGGGUCAGGAUGCCCAGGUCCCAUGGCAGCCCCGGCAGCUGCCCCAUGCCCCUUCAGCCACUUCCCCACAGUGCCCUCAGCCUCUCCCCACCUGGUGUGCCCUGGCUCAGCCGGGGUGCCCCGGGGUAUGCACAGACCAGGGGUGCACCUGCAACAGCCUGGUCACUCCCUCACCUCCACCCCUGAUGCGAUGGGGCACUGUCCUGCUCGUCCCCCCUUCCCCAGCCAGGGCACAGGUCACCUUUCUAGGGACUCUCCCCACAUGUCACCACGCCGGUGACAUGACAUCUUCCUCUAUCAUUCCGUCAUUCCAGACCAAUGGGGAUAUUUUGGAUGCUAGGUCUGAGAUGGGGCCACAGCCAUGGCCAUGGCAAGGAGGUGGCCGUGGGUGUGUGGGUCACAACACCCACCACUUUGUACUGUACUGAGAAGCAUCCAUUAAAAAGCUGUG